AAACUUUGUCACGGGAGUGGGAACUCCCUGCUCCUCCGCGAGUCGGCGAGCAGAGGAGGCGUGGGCCCGCAGAGAGAGAGAGAGACAGAGAGAGAGAGAGAGAGAGGAGACGCUGAGAGGAGCUGCCGGAGGAGCGUUAAUGACACACCGGCCGGUCUCAGUCACAGCGAUGCAGAUUUAGCUCCAAAAAAAAAAAAAAUCCCACACACAACAACUUUUUCCACGCUUGAUUCGCCGACUCGAGAGGCGCCGGAGACUGGGACAAAGUUCCACACCGAACGUCAAUUCGAGAGGAUUGGUUUUAUUCCCAGACAUGGGCUUGGGACGCUCUCGCGCAAAGACGCCGCGGCCGCUCGCCCUCCUCGUCCGCGCGCUCCUCUGCGGCAGCGCGCUGCUGCUCGCGGUUCCUGCGUGCGAGGCGUUUAACUUGGACGUGGAGAAGCCGGCUGUGUACAGCGGACCUAACGGGAGCUACUUCGGAUAUGCUGUAGAUUUUUAUCUGGCCGAUGCUGCCAGUGUGAGUUUGGUGAUAGGAGCUCCAAAGGCCAACACCAAGCAGGUGAACAUCACAGAGGGAGGAUCAGUCUUCUACUGCCCGUGGAGCCUCAGCCAAAGAGAUUGUCACACCAUCGACUUUGAUACGGAAGGGAAUCGCAACGUCUUGCUCAACAACACAGAACAUCAGGGGGAUUUUAAGUCGCACCAAUGGUUCGGCGCCACCGUGCGUUCUCACGAUGACACAAUUCUGGCUUGUGCCCCGCUCUACUCCUGGCGGACUAAGCAGGACGUCCCCCACUCCGACGCUACAGGAACUUGCUACCUCUCAGUGAAGAAUUUCACCAAAUUUGUGGAGUACGCUCCCUGCCGCACAGAGAUCAGCAAUGCGGUGGGACAAGGCUACUGUCAGGGAGGAUUCAGUGCUGACUUCACAACGGAUGGCAGAGUUGUAUUAGGAGGGCCAGGCAGCUACUUCUGGCAAGGUCAGGUGAUAACUGCAGCCAAAGAGGACAUCAUCAAAGCUUACUAUCCAGGUUUCUUCAUGCAGUCUGUGGAGAGACAGAUCCAAACCAGACAGGCGAUGUCUGCACACGAUGACAGUUACCAAGGGUACUCCAUUGCUGUCGGGGAAUUCAGUGGUGAUGAGGUGGAAGAUUUUGUGGCUGGUGUUCCAAAAGGACUCAAGCUUUAUGGCUUGGUGACUAUUCUGAAUGGUAGAGAUCUGAAGACCAUGAUUAACUACACUGGUGAGCAGAUGGGAUCAUAUUUUGGGUAUGCAGUGGCAACGACUGACAUCAAUAGUGACGGGAUGGCCGACCUGCUGGUGGGAGCGCCCAUGUUCAUGGUCCGGAGCUCCGAUGGGCGACUGGAAGAGAUGGGACGGGUCUAUCUUUACCUGCAGCGGGGCGCCGUGAGCCUGGAGCUCCGCCUGCCGAACCUGACAGGCACCCAGGUGUACGGGAGAUUUGGCAGCACCAUCGCACCCUUGGGAGAUCUGAACCAGGAUGGUUUCAAUGAUGUGGCUAUAAGCUGUCCGUUUGGAGGGGAGGAUCGGCAGGGACUUGUCUACAUCUUCAACGGAUACUCAGGAGGACUCAGGGAAAAGCCAUCUCAGGUGAUAACUGGCCAGUGGGCUGCUGGUGCGAUUCCUGCCAGCUUUGGAUUUUCCCUCAGAGGAGCCAAGGACCUUGACAUGAAUGGAUACCCAGAUCUAAUUGUUGGUGCCUUUGGUGUGAAUAAGGCAGUUCUCUAUAGAUCUCGGCCAAUAGUUAACACCAGUGCCACUCUGACUGUGAAUCCCACAAGGAUCAACCCUGAAGAGAAGAACUGCAUGGUCACCAGUGGAAACACCACCAUUCCGGUUUCCUGUGUUAAUCUGAGUUUCUGCAUAACUGCUGAUGGGAAGCACCUACCAGACACCAUAGAUUUCCAGGUGGAGGUGCAGCUAGAUAGCAAUAAGCACAAGCAGAAAGGUGCAGUGAGGAGGGCUCUGUUCUUGGAUUCCCAGCAGCCUUUGCUUGAGAAGAGUGUGAGCUUGCGCCAUGGCGAGCGUUGGUGCCACAACCCCAAGAUCUACCUAAGAGCUGAGAAAGACUUCAGGGAUAAACUUUCCUCCAUCUACGUGGCCUUGAACUUCAGCUUGGAUCCUAAAGCUGCCGCUGACUCUCACGGCCUGCGCCCCAUCCUCAACUAUCAGACUACCAACGUAAUCGAGCAGAAGGCUCAGAUUCUGUUGGACUGUGGAGAGGACAACAUCUGUGUUCCUGACUUGAAGCUGACUGUUCACGGGAACAGGAAGGAAGUCUACCUAGGCGAUGACAACUCGCUGACCCUGACUUUCAACGCCAAGAAUGAGGGAGAGGGAGGGGCGUACGAGGCCGAGCUCUAUGUCGUGCUGCCCCCCGAAGCGGACUACAGCGGUAUUGCUCGCAACAAUGAAAGCCUGUCCCAGCUUACCUGCAGAUAUGACACGGAGAACCAAACCCAAUACCUCAGCUGUGAUUUGGGCAACCCGAUGAAGUCUGGCACCAGUCUGUGGGCUGGUCUGCGCUUCACAGUGCCGCGGCUGAAGGACACGCACAAAACUGUUCAGUUUGAGCUGCAGAUUCGCAGUAAAAAUGAAAAUAAUUCCCUCAGUGAGGUCGUGCCUUACAAGCUGGAGGUGGUUGUUCAGGCUGAAGUAAUUCUACAAGGUGUGUCUCGACCAGAUAAGGUCUUCUUCCCGCCGGCCAACUGGAAGGUUACCAAGACCUACGAGGCGGAGCAGGACGUUGGGCCCGCAGUGGAACACAUCUAUGAGCUGGUGAACAACGGGCCCAGCCGGAUCAGCAACACCCUACUCAAGCUGCACUGCCCCCUCAGAGUUCAGGGUCAGACUCUGCUUUACCCCCUUGAGUUCUCCGUGGAAGGCCCCAUCAACUGCACCUCCGACAAAAACAUGAACCACCUCCGCCUCAAACUCCAGCACACGUCCACAGAGCCACCUGUCCUCGCGCUGCAGGCACAUGAGCACCGCGUCGAGAGGAGGGACGUCCAGAGAAACCCGCUCGCCCAUAUGACUAAUCUGUCCUGCUCCAAUACGGAGUGUUGGAAGCUCCAGUGCACCGUGGGUUUGUUGGAGAAGGGGAACACCGCUAUCCUCAAAGUGCGCUCUCGCAUCUGGGCCGAGACCUUCACCGAGAGAUCUUACAAGCAGUAUGUGCUGGAGUGCCUGGCCAGAUACAAUGUGGAGAAGAUGCCUUACGCCAUCUUACCCAAACAGGCUCCCAGUGGACACAAAAAGGUGGUGACCCCAGUGGUGUGGAAUAAGCCAGAUUUAGAGAACUCCGUUCCUUUGUGGAUAAUCAUCUUGGCCAUCCUGGCCGGUUUGCUGCUUCUCGCUCUGCUCAUCUACGUGCUGUACAAGUUGGGCUUCUUCAAGAGAUCGCUGCCUUAUGGCACCGCCAUGGAGAAAGCACAACUCAAACCACAGGCUGCCUCUGAGGCUUAACCAGCCACCGGCGCUACCAGAGCCACAGCACCUGGCCAUAUGAUUGCAAUGGAGAUGCAACAAUGUAGACUGAACCGCAAAGCAGAGGAGAAAAGUAAAAGAGCAACCACUGGAACUCCACCGUGCUGCACUAGAGGAAGACAAAAAUUCAAAGUUCUCCAAGCCAAAUGAAUGUUUCUUUGUGUUUUCUUUUGUUGCUUUUUUUAACUUAUGUCUUGUUUGUUGGAAGGUUGGGAGAUAUUUACUUAAUGUGGGCUUUUUCUCAAUGCCUGAAGGCUGACAUCAAACUCAAAAAUGAGAAACGGACUGUAAAGAAUGCGCAGGCCUGCGGAUGCAGUGCCUGUCGGGUUUCCUCGCGCAGAUUCUUGUGGCGGAGAGUUCCUUAAAAUCGCUUUUGACUGCCCUGUUUUGGUGCUAAUGAUCCCACAGGACAUGUGUAGCCUGCGGCAGCCAGGAGCUGUGAAUUCUGCCGCCUGCUGAGGUCUUAAAGAAUUCUCCUGUCCUCAUUGUUGACAGAUUGGUGAACAGGUUUCGGGUGGGAACAUUUACCUGGCUAUAGAAACCUCAAUACUACAGGCCUAGAUGUCCAGAAUCCAUCCAUUUAACACCUCUACUUUUAAAACAACAUUUAAAGGUUUUCUUUGGGACCUGACCUGCUUGAGGUGUUCCCCUGAUUCUUGCUCAAUGCACGCUGGUAUAUGUGCUCCAGCACCUCGCCGCCCUGAACCGGAUAAGCGGGCGCAGGAAACCAUAGGUGGAUGCUUCCUAACGCGUCUCUCUCUGCCUCAGGUUGGUGGACGGCGCUGGGUUGAGUUGUUUUUGCACUCAAAGGAAAUCUACUGAUAUAAUUUCACCCGGGACUGACCUUCCUUUGAGUUCUGAUAAGGAUCCCCUGCUGAUCACUUUGUUUAAAUCCCGUUUGUUCGUGUUCAUGGUCACCACUGCUACCGUCGUUGUGUAGUCGAUUGGAGACCUGCAAAACCUCGUAUCCGACUUGAACCAGCGCGGUACUUCCGUCAAACAAAACAAGGUGGCGUUCUUCUCAAGGAUAUUUCACUCCUGCUCGUUUUGAAUCAAAACCACAUGCAAGAAAUGACAAUCAACAAUGUUGUAGGCAUUUGCAGAGAGUUUGAGUGUGAGAGCAGGUGGGAUCAUCACUGUUUUUAGCGGAGGGCUGGGUGAUAUUUUGACUCUGUAUCAGUUUAGUAGUGUUGACUAUUGAUACUUUUACAAUUUUUCUUUAUGGAAUCAAAGUCAGUUGUGUGGAUGCUAAAACAGUCUGAUGAGUUCAUAAAAGGACUUUAAAUCCAGCCUUUAAAACUAGCAAAUAUCAUCAUUACGAUAUCUAAGAUGAUCUCUAGUCUCGUAUUACUAUAUCAGUGUAAUAGUAAUAUACUGCCCAGCCCUGUUGGAGUGUGAAGGAUCCAAUUCCAGCUCACAGCGUGUAAUACAGUUUUAUACUGCAUUUGUGAUUGCUUCUUAGAAUAAAAGCUACCAAUGUUGAGGAAGAGUUGGUGGAAGUCAUCCCACUAUCAAAAGGCUACAGGCACCGACGAUUAAAAUGCUUUGUGUUGGUUUCUUUCACUUGUCACACACAUAGAUUUUAUGUGCCUUUUUUUUAUAUGUAAAUACUUCAUGUCUGUGGGUAAGAGUUAAGGUUGUGUGUGUGACUUCAUGCAUACAUGCAUUUGUGUGAAUGGUAUAUUUAUGAAUGUUUGUUUUGUGUAUGAAUUGGUUAGUACCUUUCCCAUUGCCUAGUCCUGUUCAUCUGGAGAUUGAGGUUAAUCGAGUCUACAUUGCUAGUUUUACACAUUGUAAAUCUCUGACCAACAGUAAGCUUGUGGUAGUCAAAAAUAUUAAAGAUUCCAUAAAAAUCUUAUUAAAAAAAAAAAAAAAAAAAAGAUCUUAUCAACAUCACUGCAGGACUUCUGUCAUGUCAAACAAUCUCAUGUUUGACAUGACAGAAGUGUAUUGUACCCAUCCAUUCCAAAAAUUAUUUUUUUAUCUGCUGUCCUUUUUUUUUCAAUAGGUUAAUACAGAUGUUACUACAUUUAGGUGGAAUGUAGUGUGAAAUUGAUUAGAAACAUUAUAUUCUAUUCAUUGUUACAGUUGGAUUGCGAAACCCCAAACCUGCAGGAUGCCUCGUAACCUCAAAAAAGGAGAGCAGCUAGACUCUGGGAACUAAAUGUGGUUUGGAAGUGCAAUAUUUAUAUUCACUCUUUCGGUUUUCUUUUAAGGUAUUACAGUGCUUUCUUUUCAUUUUUUUUUUGUCUAAACCAGGACUUCUUGUUUAAAAGUAUGAAUUGACCGCAUAUGGUAAAUGAUUUCUACGGUUCUGGUUUUUCCGUUUCACUUGCUUCCUCACUAAACCCAACUCUGAUGUAAUCGCCACUUCUUCACUGGACCACUAUCUGAUGGUACUGGCUUAUUUUGUUAAUGUUUACAAACUGACAAAAAA